AAUACAUCAUCCCUUCAUUCACUCGCCUCGACUCUUACCGAUCGAUCGAAUGGAAGCCAGCGCCGGUCUCGUUGCAGGCUCGCACAACCGGAACGAGCUCGUCGUCAUUCACGGCCACGAGGAGCCAAAGCCUCUGAAGAAUUUGAGCGGUCAAGUGUGUGAGAUUUGCGGGGAUGAGAUAGGCUUGACGGUGGACGGGGAGCUCUUCGUGGCGUGCAAUGAGUGCGGGUUCCCGGUGUGUCGACCAUGCUACGAGUACGAGAGACGUGAGGGGAGUCAGCUGUGUCCGCAGUGCAAGACCAGAUACAAACGCCUUAAAGGGAGUCCGAGGGUUGAGGGAGACGACGACGAGGAAGACAUCGACGACAUUGAGCACGAAUUCAACAUCGAUGAACAGAGGAAGAACACAAGUAUUGCAGAGGCAAUGCUUCAUGGAAAGAUGAGUUACGGAAGAGGACCCGACGACGAGGACAGCGCGCAAUAUCCACCUGUUAUCGCCGGCGUCCGCUCCUGUCCUGUCAGCGGAGAAAUCCCGAUUUCGAGCAACUACGCUCACGGAGACCCGAUGACGGGAACCUCGUUGCAUAAGAGGGUCCAUCCGUAUCCCGUCGACGAGCCAGGAAGUGCGCGAUGGGAUGACAAGAAAGAGACGGGAUGGAAAGAUCGAAUGGACGAUUGGAAGAUGCAGCAGGGGAAUUUAGGAGCUGAAUACGAUGAUUCGGCCGAUCCCGACAUGGCUAUGUUAGACGAAGCAAGACAGCCAUUGUCGAGAAAAGUACCGAUCGCAUCGAGCAAACUCAAUCCAUACCGUAUGGUUAUAGUCGCUCGUCUGCUCGUGCUCGCGUUCUUCCUCCGCUACCGUAUUUUGAACCCUGUCCACGACGCCAUCGGCCUGUGGCUUACGUCGAUUAUCUGCGAGAUCUGGUUCGCGAUCUCGUGGAUCCUCGACCAGUUCCCCAAGUGGUUCCCCAUCGAUCGCGAGACUUAUCUCGAUCGCCUUUCGCUCAGGUACGAGAGAGAAGGCGAACCAAACAUGUUAGCUCCGGUGGAUAUAUUCGUUAGCACCGUCGACCCGAUGAAGGAACCGCCCCUCGUAACGGCUAACACCGUUCUCUCGAUACUUGCGAUGGAUUAUCCCGUUGACAAAAUCUCCUGCUACAUAUCCGACGACGGCGCUUCGAUGUGCACCUUCGAAGCGUUGUCCGAAACGGCGGAGUUCGCUCGAAAAUGGGUUCCUUUCUGCAAGAAGUUUUCGAUCGAGCCACGAGCCCCGGAGAUGUACUUCUCGGAGAAAGUUGACUACUUGAAGGAUAAAGUCCAGCCGACGUUCGUCAAGGAACGACGAGCUAUGAAGAGGGAAUAUGAAGAAUUCAAGGUCCGAAUAAACGCGAUGGUCGCAAAAGCAGCGAAAGUUCCUCCGUCGGGGUGGAUCAUGCAAGACGGGACGCCGUGGCCGGGAAACAACACGAAGGAUCAUCCGGGUAUGAUUCAAGUGUUUCUUGGCCAAAGCGGAGGUCUCGACGUCGAAGGCCACGAGCUUCCUCGACUUGUUUACGUCUCCCGUGAGAAGAGGCCGGGCUUCCAACACCACAAAAAGGCCGGCGCUAUGAAUGCUCUGGUUCGCGUUUCUGGUGUCCUUACGAACGCGCCGUUCAUGCUGAACUUGGACUGCGAUCACUACCUUAACAACAGCAAGGCUGUGCGCGAGGCGAUGUGUUUCUUGAUGGAUCCGCAGGUCGGGAAGAAGGUUUGUUACGUGCAGUUCCCGCAGAGGUUCGAUGGAAUCGACAAACACGAUCGAUACGCCAACAGGAACACGGUCUUCUUCGACAUAAACAUGAAAGGUCUAGACGGGAUUCAAGGCCCCGUAUACGUCGGGACGGGAUGUGUUUUUCGACGACAAGCGUUGUACGGCUACGAACCUCCGAAGGGCCGUAAACGACCAAAGAUGGUAAGCUGCGAUUGCUGCCCUUGCUUCGGACGUCGCAAGAAGCUCCCGGAAUUCGCCAAGAACAGCGUCAACGGCGAAACAGAUCUUCAAGGAUACGACGACGAUAAAGAGCUUCUGAAGUCGCAGAUGAACUUCGAGAAGAAAUUCGGGCAAUCGCCGAUAUUCGUGACGUCGACGCUGAUGAUCGAAGGAGGAGUUCCGCCUUCGUCGAGCCCGGCAGCUCUGCUCAAGGAAGCCAUUCAUGUCAUAAGCUGCGGAUACGAAGACAAGACGGAAUGGGGUGCCGAGUUGGGAUGGAUUUACGGCUCGAUCACGGAGGACAUCUUGACGGGAUUCAAAAUGCACUGCCGCGGCUGGAGAUCGAUUUACUGCAUGCCUAAAAGACCCGCAUUUAAGGGAUCUGCGCCGAUCAAUCUCUCCGAUCGUCUCAACCAGGUUCUGCGAUGGGCGCUCGGUUCCGUCGAGAUUUUUUUCAGCCAUCACAGUCCCGUCUGGUACGGCUACAAAAACGGCAAGCUCAAGUGGCUCGAACGGUUCGCGUAUGUGAAUACGACCGUCUACCCGUUCACGUCGAUACCGCUUCUCGCCUACUGCACGCUCCCGGCGAUAUGCUUGCUCACCGAUAAGUUCAUAAUGCCGGAGAUAAGCACAUUUGCUAGUCUCUUCUUCAUAGCCCUCUUUCUGUCGAUUUUCAUCACCGGAAUUCUCGAAAUGCGGUGGAGCGGAGUCAGCAUCGAGGAAUGGUGGCGGAACGAGCAGUUUUGGGUGAUCGGGGGAAUUUCUGCUCAUCUAUUUGCCGUAAUUCAAGGCCUGCUGAAAGUUCUCGCCGGAAUCGACACGAACUUUACUGUUACAUCGAAGGCGACGGACGACGAGGAGUUCGGGGAGCUUUACGCAUUCAAGUGGACAACAUUGUUGAUUCCUCCGACCACCAUUCUGAUCAUCAACCUCGUCGGAGUUGUCGCUGGAAUCUCGGACGCCAUUAACAAUGGAUACCAAUCUUGGGGGCCUCUGUUUGGGAAGCUUUUCUUUGCGUUUUGGGUGAUUGUUCAUCUCUAUCCUUUUCUUAAAGGGCUGAUGGGAAGGCAGAACAGGACUCCCACCAUUGUUGUCAUCUGGUCUGUGCUGCUGGCCUCCAUUUUCUCGCUCCUCUGGGUUAGAAUCGACCCUUUCAUACUCAAGACCAAGGGACCUGAUACAAAACAAUGUGGGAUCAACUGCUGAUGAGAAAAUGAGGAAGAUGAUAAUGCAAAUUUGAUUUGGUGCGUUUUGAUGUGAUGAUCGGGAACACUUAAAGAAUUUGAUGUGAAGGAAAGGGAAUAAAGAAGCUUGGUUUAGGAAUUUUGUCGAACAGUUGGUGUACGAGUCGGGUGAGUUUUGUGUAAGAACAGGUGUGGAUGUGUAGAGAGACGAAUGGGAUUGUGUUUGUUUGCUUUGAAUGUGGAAUGCUCUGCUGAUUUCCCUAA